AUGAAAGUUGCAAUUAUCGGCGCAACUGGCCAAACCGGGUCGGUGAUUGUGCAGGCCUUGCUGGAAUCCACUGCAUGGACGUUUGAGGUUGUCGCCCUAACCAGACCGUCAUCUCUUCAGAAGCCGGGCAUACUUGAGCUGCAGGAGCAAGGUGUCAAAGUUAUUUCUACUGAUUUGAGUGGCUCGGAGUCAGUCUUGACUGAGAUUCUUAUUGGGACAGAUGUUGUAAUCUCUACAAUCUACGGCGGAAGCGUUAUGGACGAGGUUCCUUUGAUCAAUGCGUCUAAAGCUGCAGGUGUGAAGCGGUACCUACCUUGUUUCUUCGCCACAGUGGCUUCCCCUAAAGGGGCGCUUUUGUUGCGGGAUAUGAAGGAAGAUGUGUUAAACCACAUAAAGAAGAUACAUCAACCGUUCACUGUUAUCGAUGUCGGCUGGUGGUAUCAAGUUAACUUACCAAAGUUGCCAUCAGGUCGUAUUGACUAUGCAGCAAUGGAGACAGCAGAUGGGAUUGCUGGAGACGGCAAUGUGCCAUUUGCUUUGACCGAUGUACGGGACAUAGGCCGCUAUGUGGCUCAAAUAAUCACUGAUUCUCGGACCCUGAACCGAAUGGUCUUCGCCUAUAACGAGAUCUGGACGCAGAAUCAGAUCUACGAUUUGCUUGAGAAGCUUAGUGGGGAAAGACUAGAUCGCAAAUAUGUCCCUGCUGAGGCUAUUGAGGCAAGCAUAGCCAAGAUCGAGUCAACUGCGCCUUGUCCAGAUUCCGUGGAGUUUAUCACACUGGCACAGUACCAGUAUUGGUAUUCUUGUUGUAUUCGGGGAGACAAUACGCCCGAGUAUGCUACUUUCUUGGGAUACCUCAAUACUCAAGAGCUCUAUCCUCAUUUUGAGCGGAGAGGAUUCAAGCCUUAUGUACAGGAAGUCCUAGAUGGAAAUGGAGAGAGGGUUUACGAGCACCUGAAAGACCUGUCAGCUGCUAGUGUGGACAAGAAAGCGUGA